AACCCUACUACUUCUUCAACUAACUACUAUCACUCCCACCAGAUUCUCAUAAUUCCCUUAUUCCCAAAAUAAUUUCUUCUUCCAUGGCAUUACCAAUCCCUCCUAAUCCAAUCUCAACUAUAGACCCUGAAGCACCCCGGAUCGCAAAUGCAACCCCAAUCUCAAACACUAACAACCCUUCAUCUUCAGGGCCAGCUUUCAUCGCCAUGCAAAAAGUCAAAACUAACCUUGUCCUACGUUCUAAAUGGGCUGAGCUUAACGGCGCCAUGGGCGACCUUGGCACCUACAUCCCCAUCGUCCUCGCCCUCACCUUGUCUCGAAACCUUAACCUCGGCACCACCCUCAUCUUCACCGGAAUCUACAACAUCGUCACCGGUGCAAUCUACGGUGUCCCUAUGCCCGUCCAGCCCAUGAAGUCCAUUGCCGCCGUUGCCCUCUCGGAUCCCACCUUCUCCGUCCCGGAGAUCAUGGCCUCCGGGAUCCUAACCGGAGCCGUGUUGCUUGUACUAGGCCUGACCGGCCUCAUGCAGCUGGCCUACACCCUCAUUCCGCUCAGCGUCGUGAGGGGUAUCCAGCUGGCACAAGGACUUUCCUUCGCUUUGACAGCUGUCAAAUACGUGAGGAAAGUCCAAGAUUUGCCAAAAUCGAAAUCUUUAGAGGAAAGAAACUGGCUUGGUUUUGAUGGAUUGGUUUUGGCCAUUGCUUGUGUUUGUUUCAUUGUUGUUGUCAACGGCGCCGGUGACAAAGAUCGUAGUUGCGGUGGCGGUGUUGGUGGUGGUGAUGUUGAAAGUGAACGUAAUAGUAAUAGUAAUUUUGAUAGCAAUGCUAGCGUAAUUGUUGUUGUUGGUGAUGAUAGUGACGAAGGAAGAACGAGCAGAAUUGGGAGAAGAGUGAAGAACGUUGUGUUUUCUUUGCCUUCUGCGUUUAUUGUGUUUGUUUUGGGUGUGAUUUUAGCCUUUGUGAGAAGACCCCAAGUUGUUCGCGAGAUUAAGUUAGGACCUUCUUCAAUUGAAGUUGUCAAGUUCACUAAGCAUGUUUGGAAGGAAGGUUUUGUAAAAGGUACGAUUCCUCAGCUUCCCUUGUCAAUUCUAAACUCAGUGAUCGCGGUUUGCAAGCUGACUUCGGACUUGUUCCCGGGAAAAGACUUCUCGGCGACGUCGCUGUCGGUGACGGUGGGGCUCAUGAACCUAGCCGGAGGGUGGUUUGGUGCCAUGCCAUGUUGCCACGGCGCUGGUGGCUUAGCAGGGCAAUACAAAUUUGGAGGGAGGAGUGGAGGGUGUGUGGCAAUUCUUGGAGCAGCAAAAUUGGUUUUGGGUUUUGUUUUGGGAAGUUCAUUGGCCCAUAUAUUCAAUCAAUUCCCAGUGGGAAUCUUGGGAGUUUUGCUUUUAUUUGCAGGGAUUGAACUUGCUAUGGCUUCAAGGGAUAUGAAGAACAAACAAGAUUCCUUUGUGAUGCUUAUUUGCACAGCUGUUUCACUUGUUGGAUCAAGUGCUGCUCUUGGAUUCCUUUCUGGAAUGCUUGUUUUUCUUAUUCUUAGGCUUAGAGAUUGGACAAAGGGUAAACCACUUUCUAGUUUUUGGUUGCGUGGAAGCCCUCGCCUUUGAACAUUAAUUUAACUAAUUAAGCCACAGAUUAUGAUCUAGUGCUUAAUUAAUUAACCAUAUGUUCAAAGGACAAAACGUCUCUUUACAAUUCAAAAAUUUUAAAUUAAUCCCAACUAUUUAAAUGAUUGGUCUAAACGGUGUCCUACUGAUAUUUCAGGAACCGCUUUAGCGUUAUAGUUGGAUACGGUUUAAAAAUUUUUAAAUUGUUAAAAAAUACUUUAUCUUUUCGAAAAUAGUAUUUACUACUAAUUAUAAGUGUAAUUACUUAUUUAUAGUUUUUUCUUUAUGUUUUUUAGUUUUGUAUUUGUACGAUGUAUCUGUAAAAGGUGAUUUGUAUGAACUUCAAUUGUUGUUGGCUUUUGUUUCCGUACUGUGGCUUGAGUACAUGAUUCCAUGUUAAAGUGAUAUGUACAAUGUAGUGUUUGUUACUAUAUUAUUUAAUAAAAAAAAGUUUGGGUUA